AUGACGUCUGACCUCACUCAGGCUUUACUAUCCUGUCUUGAGGCUGUAACUGAGCCAGACAGCGAGGACACCCCCAACCAAAGGACUGACGCUGAGUACCGCUUCUGCGCUGUUCGUCAAGAUGAUAUCACAUUCGCAGAGUUUCUCAACCGUGUGUCGGUUCAGUUCGAAGUGCCAAUCGGGCCACUCGCGGCGAAGGAUUACGAGAGCUUUAGCUCGUUCGUCUUCCACAUCUGCGAGCUGAAGAAAGAAAAGCAAGUCAACGUCAAAACCUCUAGUCAUCACAUCAUACACAGGACAAACCGUUACUCCACUGAAAAUGAAAAAGCCUCCAUUUCGAUUGUGGGCAUUGCCUGUCGGCUACCAGGAAACGCAAAAAACCCUGGCGAUUUCUGGACGGUUCUUGUGGAGGGUAUAGACGCUAUUGUGCCAAUACCCUCAAAGCGAUGGAACCACAAGGAGUUCAGCGAGGGACACAGCGAACGAGGGACGAUAUACGUCAAGGAGGGAGGUUUCAUAGACGGUAUCGAGAAAUUCGACAAUGGUUUCUUCAAAAUUUCUUCGUCUGAGGCAAGAAGGAUGGAUCCACAGCAACGAAUGCUUCUUGAGCUGUCGCACGAGGCAUUCGAGUCCGCCGGUCUACAAGCUAUUACGGAUGACAACCACAAGUUCGGUGUGUUUGUGGGGUGUUCUUCUUCUGAAUGGCCUUUUGACGCUGCAGCAAAUGGCUACGGACGGGGUGAAGGCGCCGUCGUAUUUCUCUUGGAGCGUCAGAUGUACUCGCCUGAAAGUCGUUGUAAGCAAAAGUCGCUCGCGACGAUCCGCGGACAUGGAACGAACCACAACGGGCGUAGCGUCUCUGUGACAGCUCCAAGUGACGUCGCACAGAAGAAAUUGCUUGAAGGGGUGCUACGGACUGCUAGUGUUGAACCUCAGCAGGUGGCGUACCUUGAGGCCCACGGAACAGGAACAAAGCUAGGUGACACAAUCGAAUUUAGAGCCAUAAAGUCAGUAUUUUCCACUUCACGAAGCGUGGACAAUCCGUUGCUCAUUGGCUCUGGGAAGAGCAAUGUCGGGCACCUAGAAGGUUGCGCUGGUGCAGUAGGUCUGCUCAAGGCUCUCUUAGUACUAUAUUUUCGAGAAGUUCCACCGACACUCCAUUUCAAAAAAAUCAGUCCCUUGAUUGAUGAUGAAGGCUUCGACUAUCAGAUCCCAACUAAAAGGCUGACGCUCGCAGGUGACCGACCAAUCCUUGCCGGUGUUAGCUCCUUCGGACUGGGGGGCUGUAAUGCUCAUGUGAUCAUUGAAUCUGUCCCUAAGGAUAGAGAGAUGGAUGCACUAUCCCUUUCUCGACGCCACAUCUGGGAUCACAUGGAGUUCCCCGUAUUCGAAUCUGCAGACGAUGGCAACUCGUUUGGGGGUUUGGCAAUGCGUCACAAUGUAGACCUUUGCAACAGCACGUGCAACCAUUUGCGCCGACGCAGUACCUCAUCGCUGAUUGGUAAAUGCACGCUGACUCCUGUUUCAGCGCGCCUUCGAAGAUUUACAGCGUUUUCAUCAGGUGAUGGAACUCCUGGCCUUCGAGUUCAGCAGUACGGGACGACAGAAGGUAGCAGCAAAGCCAACGAACCGCAUGCGAUAACCGAGAAACAGAUCUCGCGAUGGACCCGAGAUAGUAGAAAAGGACUUUACGUGGAAGUUGAAUCAAUGAAGGACGAGCUCGAGCGUUCGUUCUCGCUAGAGGACGACAAUGGAAGUGUAACCGGAAGCGUACAAACCGAACAAACUGAACCCGAUCAGAUGGCAAAUGAAGUAGUGAACACUGUAGAUGAAGAGGCCGUACAGACCUUGGUGCUUCAGACGGUUCGACAAAUUCUUAAAGAGGCUGUCUCUAUACAUCGCGAUGUUUCGCUAAAAACACUCGGCAUCGAUUCACUGGCUGCUGUCGAAUUUCGUGAUUCUCUUCAAGAGUCUCUAGGUAUUAGUCUUCCCGCAUCUCUCAUCUUCGAUUUCCCUACUAUUGACGACGUAUGUAGGUUCCUUGCACAGAAACUUCAAAGCGGAGACGGAGGUGAGCGUCGUAAUACUCCAACGAACCUAGCACAACCAAGGCCCAGCACUUCCUCUGAGACAUGCGUGGCAGUCAGGGGGAUGUCGUGUCGGUUCCCUGGAGCAGAAGAUGGCACUACAGAGAGCUUUUGGGAAAUGCUACACAGUGACUCGGACUGCAUACAGGAAAUACCGACAAGCCGUUUCGAUGCAGCUAGUAUUUUUGAUACGGACUAUGGCGCCAGGGAUAAGAUCUACGUUAAAGCAGCAGGCAUUCUGCGUGGUGCGGACAUGUUUGACAAUACGUUCUUCAAGAUAAGCGAAGUGGAAGUUCGCCAUCUUGACCCACGUCAGCGCAUCCUGUUGGAAGUCGCUUACGAUGCUUUGGUUGACUCUCAAGUGUUGGGUGACCAAGGGCUAGCCGCCAUCGACAAUGAGAUAGUCGGAGUUGUGAUAGGAUGCAGCGGAAAUGAUUGGAACACAUUUCUUCAGCAGCACGCUCUAUCCGCUUCCAGUUUUUCCGGUCCUGGUACUUCCCCCGCAUUGCUGUCGAACAGAGUUUCUUACAAUCUCUCAUUGAGAGGUCCAAGCCUUACUGUAGACACAGCAUGCUCUUCCUCUCUAGUUGCCAUAGAUAUUGCCCGACAAUUGCUUAAUGCAUCGCAAUGCAAUUUAGCUCUGGUCGGUGGUGUCCAGUUGCUGUUAACGGCUGACACAUUCAUACAUUACUGUAGAGCAAGAAUGCUUAGUCCUGAUUGCCGGUGUAAAACGUUCGACGCAUCAGCAAAUGGUUACGUCCGCUCUGAAGGAUGCGGAGUGGUUCUGUUGGAGAACACGCACGACAGGCAGGUUUCCAAGAAUACGACCUACGCAUGGCUCUUGGGUUCAGCGAACAACCAUGUUGGGAAGAGUGCAAGCCUGACAGCACCUAAUGGCCCUGCCCAGCAAGCCGUGAUAUUAGCUUCUCUCCGUUCAGCGCACUUACAACUGACCUCUCAGAUUCAUUUGAUAGAAACGCACGGGACGGGAACGUCCCUCGGAGACCCAAUCGAGAUCGGCGCCCUCCAAGCCGUCUACGGGCAGGGAACAAGUGCAGACACGCCUCUUGUUCUGGGAGCGCUCAAAUCGCGUAUCGGGCACACAGAAGGUGCAGCUGGUAUCGCUGGGUUCAUUAAACUCAUCUGUUCACUUCGACAGAGGAUCGCCCCGCCCAAUCUGCACCUCAAGACAUUCAACCCCCACAUCGAUAUCUCGACGGCAGAUUCCUCGAGGCCGUUCCUGUUUCCUACGAAAGCCUAUCCGCUUGACACACUGAUGGCUGGAGAGAAGACCGAGGCGCUUCUUGGAGCUGUCAGUUCAUUCGGGUUUGGAGGCUCAAAUGCGCAUGCAAUCGUUGAGGUCCCUGCACGCCAAGGGCCAACGGGUCGGGAUGCAGCCUACGCCGGACUCAGAGGUGCGGAUGCUGCCACAGAGGCACAUCAACCAAUGGUGUGGCUGUUCACCGGCCAGGGAUCUCAGUAUGUGAACAUGGCGAAGUCUCUCUACGAGACAGAGGAGAGCUUCAGGCAGACAGUGAAGGAAUGCUCCGCAUACCUCGCAACAGAGAAACUACUGCCGACAGAAGGCCCGUCGAGCCUCGAGGAUAUAAUUUAUCCGGGGCAGGACGCAGAUGCUGAGGAGGCAGAGCAUCUGCUGAUGCAGACACAGUAUUCGCAAGUGGCAAUUUUCGUUGUUGAGCUGGCGCUCACUCGGGUUCUGAAAGAGAGGGGACUACGUCCAGCAGCUGUUUUAGGUCACAGCCUCGGCGAAUACGCCGCUGCAGUCACAGCAGGAGUAUUUUCGUGGCGCGAUGCUCUGCGCGUUGUCGCCGUCCGAGCACGCAUCAUGUCUGAGCAGGACCCACAGGAUGGUGUCAUGGCGGCAUGCCGGUUGUCGGCCGCUGAGGUUCAGGCGGCCUUAGAUUCAGACCUGAAGAACCUGAAGUCUGUGGCUGUCGCUGCCGAUAAUGGCCCGCGAAGCGUGGUGGUGUCCGGAAGAAGGUCGGAAGUGGAAGAGGUCCUCUCAUUCUUCAGUAUUUCAGGGAGGGCUCGCUUCCUCAGGGUUUCGCAUGCCUUCCACUCCCCGCUAAUGGCAGGUGCUGUUGAGCCUGUCAGUCGUCUCUUUGAGAGAGUUGAAUUUUCGGAGCCGGCGAUUCCGUUUGUAUCGUCCGCCCGAGGGCGCCUGACCAUUACAAACGAACUAGGUGAUUCGAUAUAUUGGGGGCAGCAAGUGGCGGUUCCAAUCAAGUUUAGGGAGGCCAUCGCUGCUGUAGAGUCGGUGUUUGGUUCUGCAUCUGUUCACUUUGUUGAGGUUGGUCCGUGUGCUGUUCUGGUCCAUCUGGGCCCAAAUUGUUGCAUGCCAUCUGCCGGUGCGCGACAUCGGUGGUCCUUUGCGGUAGGCGACACCCUAGCGAAGGCGCGCGAGAGGGACGUGUCGAGGCUUGUCGUCUGUGAAGCACAGGCUGGCUCAAAAGAACCCGGACACACCUGGCAUCGCAAGCGCUUCCCGUGGAAAGCCUCUCUUCAUCCCCUGCUGGGUUUGCGAGAAGCCACUAAAAAUGAACAUGUUCAAGAACACAUUUACCAGAAGGCGGUGCCGCGUGCUCUCGUCAAAGUGUUCAGCGAAGAAACCAGCCUGGGAAUUUCGACUCUGCCAGCCGCAGCCGUCCUUGAUGCAAUGAUAGCCGCUGCCAAGCUGUGUUCCCGAAUGGGUUCUCCAGGCGAUGACACCUCAAAAGCUGCAAUCCAGCUGAAGAACUUCCGAUCAUAUCGAGAAAUGGUACUUCCAGAACCUCAAGAUUGCGAUAGCACGAACGUUGUUCUGAACGUGUGCUUUCGUUUAGUGACCGAACGUGAAACGCUGGUAAUUGCCAGCUUCGGAAGUUAUGCUCGGUUUCCCACUGACGUAGACGGCUCCAAGGGAAAAUGGCUCCCACUAACGGAAGCAACAGUUAUGCCAGUUUCAAAUGCUAAAAACCAGUGCCCGACACUGUAUGCUCUGCAGCGGCGAUUUUUGAAAGACGAAACCAUGUCCAAACAAGAAGCGACUGAUACCUGGCGCACUGCAGAAGAUUGGGGAGUUCCAGAAAGGUUUACGACGAUACGAGCCAUCCAUCGAAGAGAUGAUGAAGCGCUCGUCCAUCUUUCACGAGCAAGGACUUUGGUAGAGGAAGGCUUCAUAGUCUGUCCCGUCAUCAUCAGAGAACUCUUUUGUGUAGCCGGAACUAUUGCAAAACGACAGGUUCCUUUCGAUCGAGAUCUCGAUUACGCUGUUACGGGAGUUGAAACUGUCAACAGUUUUGCCACCUCUCAGGAUGCGUGUGACAGCUUCUGGGGACACAUUCAUGUCCUUCCUCUCACGUCAGGCCACGCACAAAAGCGGCUCGCAAACGUGACGCUGUACACUGAAAAAGGGAGUGUAACGGUGCAGCUGCAGGCAGUCCAGCUACAUCCUACUGCGCGUGUAUCUGUGCAACGCGAGAUUGACAUGCAGCAAUCUUUGCUUCAGGCAUGCUGUCACCAACCAGAAGGUGUUGUUGACCCUGUGAGCCAGUCUCACACGACAAGAGACAGUUGCCACCAAUCUCAGUCGCUUCGGAAGACAUAUACACACGAUGAGCUUAUCCGUCUGGUCACAGAAGCCUGCCGGCGUGUGAUCGGCACUGACAGCGAACCGGAUGUUCGUACGCCGCUACAGGAGCUGGGCAUCGACUCUCUCGGAGCCGUCGCCUUUCGAGAUGCCCUUGAAGACACGUUUCACCUUAAAUUUCCAGCAACGAUUUUGUUCGACCACCCACACCUGGACGCUCUCAGUCACUUCAUUUCAUGGAGACUUGAAGAGAAGGUUGAAGAAACUGAGCCCACUGGCAUUUCAGUCCCCCUCAGUUUCGAUACCAUGGACGGCGACGUGGCGGUCAUUGGGAUGUCUUGCAGACUCCCAGGAUCCUCAAACACUGCGAGUGACUUUUGGCAAGCGCUUCUGACUACGGACAACUUCGUGGCCGAGAUCCCUCCAACCAGAUUCGACAUCGAGGAGUUCUUCGAUCCUGACCAGGGUGCGAAGGGAAAGAUGUACGUCCGGGAGGGUGGUUUCGUUGACGGGGCAACACUUUUUGAUAAUCGCUACUUCGGAAUCUCAGCAGCGGAAGCCCACGAAAUGGACCCGAGACAGAGACUAUCCAUGGAAGUGGCUGCUGAGGCUUUCUGUGAUGCUGGUGUCGAACAGAACGACGCGGCUUCGGAAGAAACUCUUGUCGUUGUUGGCAAAACGAACACAGACGCUGUGCGAGUAGGCUACAGCCAGUUGUCUCCUUUCAGCUGCAGCGGUGCAAACAACUCAAUUCUCUCAAACAGGAUUUCUUACUUCUUCGGACUGACAGGGCCGAGCAUGACGAUUGAUGCUGCAUGUGCGUCUUCCUUGAUCGCGAUCGUAGCCGGUUUCAAUGAACUCACCAGAGGAGGCUGCAAAACAGCGCUGAUUGUAGGAGUGAAUCUGCUUUUGUCUCCCGAAUGCUACAUCGAGAUAUGCAAGGCAACAAUGCUCAGCCCAGAUUGCCGAUGUAAAACGUUCGAUGCACACGCAAAUGGCUACGUACGCAGCGAGGGGUGCUGUGGAGUAAUUCUGAAAACACUACCUAGAAACACCAAAACCUUGAAAGAAAACGCAAUAUACGCGUGGAUAAGGGGUGCGGCCACUAACCAUGUUGGCCGAAGCGCAAGCCUGACAGCGCCUAACGGUCCAGCUCAGACAACACUCAUGCUUGACACUCUCCGUUCCGCCCGGCUGCAACGAGUAUCAGAUAUCUCCGUCUUAGAGACGCACGGGACAGGAACAUCUCUCGGAGACCCAAUCGAGAUCGGCGCCCUCCAAGCCGUCUACGGGCAGGGAACAAGUGCAGACACGCCUCUUGUUCUGGGAGCGCUCAAAUCGCGUAUCGGGCACACAGAAGGUGCAGCUGGUAUCGCUGGGUUCAUUAAACUCAUCUGUUCACUUCGACAGAGGAUCGCCCCGCCCAAUCUGCACCUCAAGACAUUCAACCCCCACAUCGAUAUCUCGACGGCAGAUUCCUCGAGGCCGUUCCUGUUUCCUACGAAAGCCUAUCCGCUUGACACACUGAUGACUGGAGAGAAGACCGAGGCGCUUCUUGGAGCUGUCAGUUCAUUCGGGUUUGGAGGCUCAAAUGCGCAUGCAAUCGUUGAGGUCCCUGCACGCCAAGGGCCAACGGGUCGGGAUGCAGCCUACGCCGGACUCAGAGGUGCGGAUGCUGCCACAGAGGCACAUCAACCAAUGGUGUGGCUGUUCACCGGCCAGGGAUCUCAGUAUGUGAACAUGGCGAAGUCUCUCUACGAGACAGAGGAGAGCUUCAGGCAGACAGUGAAGGAAUGCUCCGCAUACCUCGCAACAGAGAAACUACUGCCGACAGAAGGCCCGUCGAGCCUCGAGGAUAUAGUUUAUCCGGGGCAGGACACAGAUGCUGAGGAGGCAGAGCAUCUGCUGAUGCAGACACAGUAUUCGCAAGUGGCAAUUUUCGUUGUUGAGCUGGCGCUCACUCGGGUUCUGAAAGAGAGGGGACUACGUCCAGCAGCUGUUUUAGGUCACAGCCUCGGCGAAUACGCCGCUGCAGUCACAGCAGGAGUAUUUUCGUGGCGCGAUGCUCUGCGCGUUGUCGCCGUCCGAGCACGCAUCAUGUCGGUCACCGUCAGGAUGAGGGACGAGAGAUCCAGCAGGCAAGCUGCCGGACCGGAGAUGCACCAGGAGAGUGCCUUCGCCAGCAUGGCGCCCGAUGAGCUCAGAGCGUUGAUCCAAGCCACGGUCUCUGGCGCCGCCAAACAAGUUCUUGGAACUGCAGAAGAACCACCAGCAGAUGCACCUCUGCAGGCGCUGGGAAUCGAUUCGUUGGGAGCAGUCGAAUUCCGCAACGCUGUUCAGGAUGCGUUCGACAUCCGCCUAUCCGCAACGCUUCUUUUCGAUUAUCCGUCGGUUCAGGCUGUUUCGGACCAUCUGUGGAGCAUGGUUAGAGCCAAAACUGCUAUUGACACUUCUUCCAGAGGAGAUGACCAACUCGCAUCUGCUGCAGUCCUACAGGAUGCCGGCGUCAGCAUUGCCGUAGUGGGGAUGGCUUGCAGGCUUCCCGGUUCUGUGAAUGACCUGGAGGCCUUUGAGGAAAUGCUUCUCACGUUCCAGGAUUGCAUUCAAGAAAUUCCACCAUCGCGUUUCAGUAUAGAGGAAGUAUACGAUCCGGAUCCCGACGCCAAGGGAAAAAUAUAUGUUCGCGAGGGAGGGUUCAUUGACGGCGCGGAACUCUUUGACAACAGAUUUUUUGGCAUUUCUGAUGCCGAAGCCCGAGAAAUGGACCCGCGGCAGCGAAUUUCUCUAGAGGUGUCUUAUGAAGCAUUGGUAGAUGCCGGGUAUAGUCGGGAGGAUUUGCUUGGUUCACCCAUAGGGGUUUUCGUCGGAGCAAUGAACCACGAUAAGCUCCACGACUCCAUGAUGCACGCAAACAGUCUCACAGCCACAGGCGCGGCUGUGUCUAUUCUUGCGAACAGACUGUCGUUCGCGUAUGGCCUGACUUCGUCCAGCUUAACUGUUGAUACCGCUUGUUCUUCUUCGCUCGUGGCCAUUGAUAUUGCCAAUAAGGAUCUGCUACUGCGCGUGUGCGAUGGCGGCCUGGUUGUGGGCACUAAUGUCAUAAGCACACCUCAACACUUCUUGGAUACUUCCCGCUCGAGAAUGCUAAGCCGCGACUGUCGCUGCAAGACAUUCGAUGCGUCAGCAAACGGAUACGUACGCGCGGAAGGAUGCUGCGCUCUCAUUCUACAACGGACCAGCACGCCGCAAACACACACGCGCAUUUACGCUGCCCUUGCAGGCACUGCCAGCAACCACGUCGGACGCAGCGCAAGCCUCACAGCCCCAAACGGGCCUGCACAACAGGCAGUAAUACGUGCUGCUCUACGCAGCGCCAAUGUCAACUCGCCGUUAUCCGUUGCGGUAGUGGAGACGCACGGGACAGGAACGUCUCUCGGAGACCCAAUCGAGAUCGGCGCCCUCCAAGCCGUCUACGGGCAGGGAACAAGUGCAGACACGCCUCUUGUUCUGGGAGCGCUCAAAUCGCGUAUCGGGCACACAGAAGGUGCAGCUGGUAUCGCUGGGUUCAUUAAACUCAUCUGUUCACUUCGACAGAGGAUCGCCCCGCCCAAUCUGCACCUCAAGACAUUCAACCCCCACAUCGAUAUCUCGACGGCAGAUUCCUCGAGGCCGUUCCUGUUUCCUACGAAAGCCUAUCCGCUUGACACACUGAUGACUGGAGAGAAGACCGAGGCGCUUCUUGGAGCUGUCAGUUCAUUCGGGUUUGGAGGCUCAAAUGCGCAUGCAAUCGUUGAGGUCCCUGCACGCCAAGGGCCAACGGGUCGGGAUGCAGCCUACGCCGGACUCAGAGGUGCGGAUGCUGCCACAGAGGCACAUCAACCAAUGGUGUGGCUGUUCACCGGCCAGGGAUCUCAGUAUGUGAACAUGGCGAAGUCUCUCUACGAGACAGAGGAGAGCUUCAGGCAGACAGUGAAGGAAUGCUCCGCAUACCUCGCAACAGAGAAACUACUGCCGACAGAAGGCCCGUCGAGCCUCGAGGAUAUAGCUGUUUCGGACCAUCUGUGGAGCAUGGUUAGAGCCAAAACUGCUAUUGACACUUCUUCCAGAGGAGAUGACCAACUCGCAUCUGCUGCAGUCCUACAGGAUGCUGGCGUCAGCAUUGCCGUAGUGGGGAUGGCUUGCAGGCUUCCCGGUUCUGUGAAUGACCUGGAGGCCUUUGAGGAAAUGCUUCUCACGUUCCAGGAUUGCAUUCAAGAAAUUCCACCAUCGCGUUUCAGUAUAGAGGAAGUAUACGAUCCGGAUCCCGACGCCAAGGGAAAAAUAUAUGUUCGCGAGGGAGGGUUCAUUGACGGCGCGGAACUCUUUGACAACAGAUUUUUUGGCAUUUCUGAUGCCGAAGCCCGAGAAAUGGACCCGCGGCAGCGAAUUUCUCUAGAGGUGUCUUAUGAAGCAUUGGUAGAUGCCGGGUAUAGUCGGGAGGAUUUGCUUGGUUCACCCAUAGGGGUUUUCGUCGGAGCAAUGAACCACGAUAAGCUAUACGAUGACUUGCGACAACUUACCAGCUAUAGUGGGACAUCGACUGCCCUAGCAAUUCUCGCAAAUCGUCUCUCGUAUUCGUUUGGCCUUGUGGGACCGAGCGUUACCAUAGAUACGGCUUGCUCUUCGUCGCUUGUGGCUGCGGAGUACGCGACACUUUGCGUUGCAUGCGGAAGGUCCAGGCAAGCUGUGGUGCAUGGCAUUAAUGUGAUACCAAAAGUUGAAGGCGCCAAUGUCAACUCGCCGUUAUCCGUUGCGGUAGUGGAGACGCACGGGACAGGAACGUCUCUCGGAGACCCAAUCGAGAUCGGCGCCCUCCAAGCCGUCUACGGGCAGGGAACAAGUGCAGACACGCCUCUUGUUCUGGGAGCGCUCAAAUCGCGUAUCGGGCACACAGAAGGUGCAGCUGGUAUCGCUGGGUUCAUUAAACUCAUCUGUUCACUUCGACAGAGGAUCGCCCCGCCCAAUCUGCACCUCAAGACAUUCAACCCCCACAUCGAUAUCUCGACGGCAGAUUCCUCGAGGCCGUUCCUGUUUCCUACGAAAGCCUAUCCGCUUGACACACUGAUGACUGGAGAGAAGACCGAGGCGCUUCUUGGAGCUGUCAGUUCAUUCGGGUUUGGAGGCUCAAAUGCGCAUGCAAUCGUUGAGGUCCCUGCACGCCAAGGGCCAACGGGUCGGGAUGCAGCCUACGCCGGACUCAGAGGUGCGGAUGCUGCCACAGAGGCACAUCAACCAAUGGUGUGGCUGUUCACCGGCCAGGGAUCUCAGUAUGUGAACAUGGCGAAGUCUCUCUACGAGACAGAGGAGAGCUUCAGGCAGACAGUGAAGGAAUGCUCCGCAUACCUCGCAACAGAGAAACUACUGCCGACAGAAGGCCCGUCGAGCCUCGAGGAUAUAGUUUAUCCGGGGCAGGACACAGAUGCUGAGGAGGCAGAGCAUCUGCUGAUGCAGACACAGUAUUCGCAAGUGGCAAUUUUCGUUGUUGAGCUGGCGCUCACUCGGGUUCUGAAAGAGAGGGGACUACGUCCAGCAGCUGUUUUAGGUCACAGCCUCGGCGAAUACGCCGCUGCAGUCACAGCAGGAGUAUUUUCGUGGCGCGAUGCUCUGCGCGUUGUCGCCGUCCGAGCACGCAUCAUGUCUGAGCAGGACCCACAGGAUGGUGUCAUGGCGGCAUGCCGGUUGUCGGCCGCUGAGGUUCAGGCGGCCUUAGAUUCAGACCUGAAGAACCUGAAGUCUGUGGCUGUCGCUGCCGAUAAUGGCCCGCGAAGCGUGGUGGUGUCCGGAAGAAGGUCGGAAGUGGAAGAGGUCCUCUCAUUCUUCAGUAUUUCAGGGAGGGCUCGCUUCCUCAGGGUUUCGCAUGCCUUCCACUCCCCGCUAAUGGCAGGUGCUGUUGAGCCUGUCAGUCGUCUCUUUGAGAGAGUUGAAUUUUCGGAGCCGGCGAUUCCGUUUAUAUCGACCGUGCUUGGCCGCCUUGCUGUCGGCAGCGAGUUGAGUGACGCGCUCUACUGGUCAGAGCAAAUCACAAAAUCCGUCCGCUUCCGGGAAGCGGUGGUAGCGGCGUUCGGUGGAGCGGUAGCAGGGCUUUCAGCAGUUGAGCACAUGGCUGAGGUCCUCCUUAGUCUGAAAAGAAUGGGAUUGGAUACAUCACGAGUCUGUGGGCUUGGUGCCAUCUCGUCUAUGGAAACUCUUCAGAACCUUGUACAAGGAGGGACUUGGGCAGGCAUGCUGGUUGUUUCCGGGCUUUGGGCAACCGUAUCAGCCGUUGAGAGCCUGACAGAAACGGCCCACAUUCUGCGCCACUAUGCAUGCCUUUCUACAGAAAUCGAGGUACCUGUAUUGGCUGUUGUUACCCGGGGAGCGCAGCGCUCUGUAGUGUCGCCAGAGACGUUUGGUCAAAGAGAGAGACCGACUCUUGAAUCAGUUCCGCAACAGAAUCAAGUUUUUGGUCACCUGGAAGAUGAAGUGCCUGUGCAUGCCGGGUUGCUGGCCUUCUGCAGAACUUUGCGUUUGGAGAUGGGACGCUGCUGUCGUCGGUUCAAACCGUUCCUGUACUUUGACACCGACAGGCUACACCCAAGGCAAUCGAAAGAAUCGCUUGACUACCGUCUAGGAGCAGUUUUAAAAUGGUUGUCUCGGAAUGACGUACCAGCUUCCUUUUCGGAACAAAUCCGGCCAGAUUCUGACACACUACGUGAAUGGGACAUUGUCAUCAGAAAACAAUCGUACUUUGUUCCCCGAGUUGCACCUGUUCUUCUGAAACAGCCGAGCACAACCGCGGCUGGCAGAAUACAAAAAGCCAAAUCUUAUAUUGUGACAGGGGGGUUAGGUGGCAUAGGCAUCGUCGUGGCGUCUUGGCUGUUGCGUCAAGGUGCAGGCAGGAUUUUCUUGUGGUCCAGAAGAGGGGUACCGACAGAUGACGUGAAAGAAACCAAUCAAUGGUGUGAGCUGAACGCUGCCAUGGAAACCGGGCGAAUUCAAACAGUCAGCUGCGACGUCUCGGAGAUCGAACAAGUCCGCCAUUCGAUUGUAUUGGCUGUCACUGACUCGAUUUUGGGAGGUAUUUUCCACUGCGCAGGCACCGAAGGCAAGGGAAAAUUGCAGGACGUGUCCCAGCAGGACAUUGCAGACGUGAAUGCUUUGCAGGAGGCACUCAAGAUAAAACUGCCUGCAUCCCUUCUUGUUGAGUAUGCAUGCCUUAAAGACAUUAUCCAGUUUAUCAUGGAAAAUUGUUUUUCCGAUGCGGCAAGGUCGACCAGUGAUUUGGUGCCUCUGGUGACACGUGAGCCUGCCGCCAAUGACCAAGGCUUCGCAGUAGUUGGAAUGGGAUGCCGAAUUCCUAAAAAUGCUACGACAACUGAAGAAUUCUGGGAUAUGCUUCUUCAUGAAAUCGACGCUGUGUGUGAAAUACCGAUGGAUAGAUUCAAUAUAGAUGCGUUCUACGAUCCAGACCCCGAACAAGACAAAUGCUAUACUAGAGAAGCCGCGCUUCUGGACCAUCCUGAUUUUUUCGAUAACACGUUUUUCAAUCUAAGUGAUCAAGAAGUUCUCGCAAUCGAUCCUCAGCAGCGCGUGUUGCUGGAGGUAGCUUACGAGGCGCUUUUCGAAGCAGGAUUCACGAAAGAGGCACUGCUCGGUAAAGAUUUCGGUGUCUUCUGUGCAGCAUACAACAAUGACUUUCAGUUUACUAACCUCACCCAAGGAAAAGCGACCAUGUGCGUUUUCGACAAGGGGGAAGGCCGAGGUCGAAUCCCCUCGCUUGGAGAAGCAGCAGGCUAUCCUGAACCUGGAGGAUUCAUGUGCUUCAUUCCAAAUAGAAUAUCGUAUUCCUUUGGCCUUACAGGGCCGAGCAUUGGAAUUGAUGCUGCAUGCGCGUCGUCCUUGGUUGCCUUCGAUGCCGCUGUGACGAAACUGAAACGAGGAGCAUGUUCAGGGGCACUCGUAGGAGGAGUGAACAUAAUAUUGAGUCCAACAUUUUUCCUCGGUGGUUGCAAAGCGCACCAGUUUUCUCGUGCUGGGAGAUGCAAGACUUUCGAUUGCAACGCUGACGGUCUUGUACGUGGAGAGGGGUGCGGUGCAGCCUUCUUACUCCCACUGGAUGCUGCAAGGGAAACGGGCGCUUUCGUGCAUGCUGUUGUUAGGGGGUCCGCUACUUGCCAUUACGGCAGAAGCUCUCAGAUCACCUCUCCAAACACACGAGCUUUGACCCGCGUACUACGGCUUUCGCUGCAAGACGCUAGCACGGCGCCUUCACUUGUGCGGUACUAUGAGGCACACGGGACUGCCACUGUUCUUGGAGACGUCAUCGAAAUGUCAGCAGUUAAAGACGUCUUCCAGACAGGUCGAAAUGCCGCAGCGCCACUGCAUAUGGGUACAGUGCACAAUAAUAUUGGGCACCUCGACGCGGCAGCUGGAAUCGUGGCAUUCUUAAAAACUGUCUUGUGCCUCAAGCACAGAUUCGUCCCGGCAAACAUACACUUCAAGUCAUUGCAUCCAGAUAUACAUGGAAUAGACACUCAGCUCAUUAAGUACACAAGAGAGUCCCACAGCAUAAUGACAGACGAUGUCGCUACGGGCGUCAGAAAAACCAUCUUCGGCGCAAACUUGGCAUACGGAAUGGGUGGGAGUGUCGCCGCCAUAAUAACCGAGUCUGGCGAUGAAGAAGCAGACCGACGUUCAUUGAAGGCUGCUCCACGCCAUGUGUGGAAUCAUCGUCGAUUUCCCUUAAACACGCAGAAGUUCGUCUACCUUAUGGGUGCGAUGGGACAGAUAUCGAUGGAUGACAUGCCAACUCCUCAGUCGGACGUCAUCCACGUAAUGAAGCGUCUCUCAGCUACAGCACUGAAUGUUGCUUUUAUGAGGAAAUUGAGUCCUUCCACGUGUGCGGCCGGCAGCAUUCGCUCAGUAUUUCUAACUGGUGCCACAGGGUUCAUUGGCAGCCAAGUGCUCUUUCAUCUUCUCCAGGUAAAGCGUCAGGAUCCCAAGCUUGGAACAGAGGACAAGAAGCUCACCAUAUACUGCCUGGUCCGCGCCAGGGACAGGGCCCACGGCAUAUACAGAAUUAGAGACUCUUUGGUGGGUCGUGGAAUCGAAUGGAAACAUGAAUUUGAUCAGCAGGUAAUCCCCGUCAUCGGGAACUUGGAAGAAGGUGAAAACAUGGGAUUGGGACCGAAGCAAAUGCAGUACUUGGAGCAAACUGUCGACGCUGUCUACCAUGCCGCCGACUACGUAAAUUUUGCAGCACCAUAUGAUGCGUUAAGGAAAUCAAAUGUACUAUCUUUGAUACCCAUCUUGAAGCUUUGUACAACGUAUGUGGCAAAGCCUCUACACCUUGUCUCAAAUUUCGCACACCACCUCCAGUAUUUUGCUGGGUUCUCGGAGGAUUUGAAUAUUGCAGUGGAUGAAACAGUGUCACCACCUUUGAGUCCUGCCAGCAUUGACCGUUUGGAGCAGCAAAUGCCUGCAGGGAUUAUCGGAUAUCCGUGGACAAAAUGGGCUGUUGAGGAGAUCAUUGGCCGUAUGAAAGACGUCCUCCACGAACGGUGUGAAGAAGAAGGUCAAAGGGUUUCCAUGGAGGAGUCAGAAAAGAAAGAUAUCCUUUCAAAGUUCCAGGUCACAGUUUACCGGCUGCCCAACUCUUGUGUGUACUACAAUAAUGGCUACACAAACUUCGCAAAUGCGUCUUUGUCACUUGUGUUAGCCUCUGCACAAGAACGGAUGAUUCCCCCUGGCGUGCUGCCUGUCGGUGCGCCUUUCCUUACAACGCCGGUAGACCUCAUUACAGGGAUUCUAGUCAAACUCUCAAUGACUGAGAGAAAGAGACACCACGUUUACCAUUUAGUAUCCCUUCGGGUAGCAAGGAGAAAGCACGUUGUGCAGGCGAUAAAAUGGCUCUUUCCAGAUAGUGUAGAAUGCACAGCAGAUGAACUUUUCAGGCGCAUCGACGAAAACAAAGAGAAUUCACCGGCACAUCCGCUACGAGCAGCAAUGAGAUUUUGGCGGAGGUACUGGUACUCUUCGGAUACAGAUCGCGACAGUCCGUUUCCGGUAGCGGUGAACAAUGUCGAAGAUGAUCUCCCUGGUGUAAUGGCGACAUUCCCUAGCCUUGCUGAUACCUGGCUAAGAAUGGCAUCAUAUUGCGUGAAAAACUACCAUAUGGUUCGACAUCCCGUCACCCUCGCAAUUUCCUUCGAACGCCUGAAGAAAGCAAUCGCUGGCAUUACCAAACAACGAAUUGAUGAGCUCGCUUUGCCGUCUCAAACUCAGGAGCUCCUCAACGAGACUUGCUCAACAGAGGAUACCACAGACAUUGCAGCUGUAAAGGCCCUAGUCGAACAUGCAAACCUGAGAAAGUACGAUGACUGUGCCGUUUCCGACGUUCCAGAUCCGCGGGCACGUGCCUAA